AUUUUUAACUUUGCCAAAAAUAAUUAAAAAGCUAGACACAGAUACACGACUCUAUUUUGAAAAGGAAAGCGAAACAAGACUAGAUCUCAGAUCUAUCUAUGCAACGUAGGAUACUCAACAAAUGGAAACAAUACAAAUAUCGUUUUGUACCGUGGCUCAUUUUAAAUAUGAAAGACAGGAGUGUGCGAUCUGUUUCAGAGAGUGAAUCAGAAGUGAUUUCUGAGAGUCUCUUCAUCUCGUACCUCUAUGGGUUCUUAACUAAACUUCAUCAACAGUUAAAUAAUGGAGCGGAGAUGGAGAAGUACAUGACGGGUCUUAAGGUCAUGAAAGAAAUCACUGGCUUUACUGUAGAGCGUGCUCCAACCAGUCUUUCAUCUGGUGGUCAAGGUGUCAAGGUCACCAGUGGUACCAUUCAGCCAUGCACCAUUACAAGUCUAUACCCAGGUUUGAUUUAUGAACCUCAUGAGCCAAUUCUGUUUCAAAGUAUUGGAAAUUCAUUUAUAUUUCGCUGUGCUGAUGGGGUGUUAUUGGAUGGCAAUGAUAAAGGACUCUCAAAGUAUUUGUACAGAUCAUGUCGAGGGCGAGACAGUUGCUGGCCUUUACCUGCUUGUGAUGAUAGCUGGUUAACAGAACAUACCAUCUGUCCUCUCAAUGUAGGGCAGUAUGUCAAUAACCAUAACAAACAAUACCCAGCCAAUGUGGCAUAUCAAGAGUUCAACAUCCCUGAAGAUUUUCCAGCCCACCUCAGACAGUAUCUACCCAACAAUCACAGCGCAUCCUGUCUAUCCGUCCCUGAAGGUACACAGAGGUUGCUAAGGGUUGUUGCUCUUGUCUCUCUAAAAGAAAUCAAAUGUGGUGAAGAAUUAUUUUCAUCUUAUUUUACAGUAGUACAAUAAAUUUACAUUCAAAUUUU